AUGCUGAUCCAGUUGGUGCUAGGCCUCUGGCUAGCGCAUGAAAUGCUUUAUCCUCCUUGGAAUGAUGGAUACGGCGGCAAGAGAGGAGGCCGCUGGGGAAACCAAGACUCGUGGCAGCUUGAAUGGUUGGACAACGAGACGUUCAAGCUGGAGUUGGAAGAGAAGUUCAUUACUGAUGAAAAAAUGCAGGAGUGGUGUUCCUGGAUGGACAGACAACUGCAGAUGGUCUUUCCAGAUGGCCGCAGGCGGCAACUUGUAGCCUCCAAGCUCAGCUUUGCCCGCAAUGAGAUCGCAGAUGAGGGUGUGCGUACGCUGGUGAAUUAUUUGGUGAGGAAAGGCAUCUCUGUGCUGCAGCUCAAGCUCUACCGCAACUGCAUUGGAGAUGUUGGUGCUGCAUCAUUGGGGGAGCUGGUAUCAGCUAGUCCUUUAACAGUGCAGGAGGUCCACCUCAGCUACAACUUCAUCAGCGAUCGUGGGGCUGUAGAGCUAUUGCAGGCGAUUUCCAGAAGUGGACGGUAUCCUUGCCUCAGCCAAAGGAGCGAAAAUCAUGGUAGAGAGCUGCCGCUUUGGAUGCGCUUGGAGUACAACUACAUCAACUGGCCUCGCAUCCAAAAGCAGCUGGACGAGGUGAAGUGGAUGUCUGCGGAGGCUCGGGACAGCCAAGCCGUGAAGGAUUCCAAGGCAGCCAUUUGCUUGCACUACUCUUAUCGGAACCAGCAGGACAUGGGCUACAGCUAUGGUGGAUGGUGGGACAAGGGCAAAGGCAAGGGCUGGGAGGCUGAGCAAUGGCAGGAAAGAGACCGAGAAAGAGACAGAGACAGGGACAGAGACAGGGACCGCAAGCGUAACCACAAGGCACAAGGGGACAGACACGAGCGAGGUGACCGUGAUCGGGGCGAGCCAGCUUGGGCAAACAGCCAGGGUGACGCGCCAAGCCUGGAGGAGAUCUCCAAGGCGAGCUUUGCUCACAAGGCCACAAUGGAUGCAGCAGCCACAAGCCUCAGAAUUCUUCGCAUCGAACCCCUGGACGAACUCGAACCUGGCUUGCCCAGGGACCGCUUCAAGAAGAGGUGUGCUGCUGCAGUCAUGGCCCGCAAGGUGCUUUUGGCAAUUCUGGCUUUGGUGGAUCAUGUGCUUUUGCAAGUGGUUGGAGAGAGUCUUGAUGCAAGCCUCACUGCUGACGAGCAAUGCACCGAAGAUGAAGGUUGUGCGUUGAGAUUGCUUCAGAAGCGGAGUCUUGCAACUUACGAAGGAGGUUGUCCUGCUGGCCUGGGCCGCUCGGUGGGAGGUGCUCCAUGUCGACCAUGUCCGGAGGGCACCUACAGCGAGGAAGGAUCAGCUGCCUGCACAAGGUGUGCAGCUGGAUUUUGGAAUGACCGGCGUGGUUCUGCCGCCAAGACGGACUGCGAGCCUUGCCCUGUAGGCACUUGGAGUAGCCAGGAAGGUGCAUUGUCUCGAAAUGCUUGCAUGGAGUGCCCAAGUGGUCGCUUUAGCAAUCGCACAGGGCUCAACUCUCUACGGAAGUGCGACAGCUGCCCUGGUGGGACGUGGAGUGAUGUGGCGGGUGCCACAAAGGCAAGCGUUUGUGUCAAAUGUGCUGCUGGCAAAUGGAGCCCACAAAUUGCAGCUGUGAGCGAGGCAGUUUGCGUGUCCUGCCCCAUAGGUCGCUUCAACGAGCAAAUUGGCUCAUCAGAUCCGGCAGCGUGUGAAAUGUGUGCCAAAGGCACUUGGAGUGCUAAGAGCGGGGCAGAAACAGCGAAGGUCUGUGAGCCUUGCCCGGCUGGGAAAUGGAGUCCUGCAAGAGGUGCCACAACACCACUGACUUGUGCAGACUGUUCUCGUGGAACAUGGAGCUCUACUAAGGGAGCUUCCUCUUUGUUGGCUUGCAACAAGUGCGCUCCUGGGAAGUACAGCGAGGAAAUGGCGGCCACAAACGAGUCUACGUGCACAGCUUGUCAACUUGGAACCUACCAGCCUAUUGAUGGGGCAAGCAAUCGAACUCUUUGUAUCCCUUGUGCUGUAGGGAAUUACAGCAAAACUGCAGGUGUGGAGGUGUGCAAGCAAUGCCCCUUCGGUAGCUACGGGAAUGCUUUUGGCCUCACGGAAUGCGUGAAGUGUCCAAAGGGGACCUGGACACGAGCUAUGGGCUCUAUCCGGCCCGAUCAGUGCUCGAGCUGGGUGAAGCCGCCUCAGGUGAAGCCGCCUCAGGCCACUCUUUGGCCACUCUUUGGCCACUCUUUGGCCACUCUUUGGCCACUCUUUGCGCAUUUGGAAGCGAAUCCUGAAGACAUCCCUCUUUAUGUUUUCAUGGAUUGGAGUGCCGUUCAGCACUUCAUCGACCGGAAGGAUGAACUCUUCAGCUUCCGGGGCCUUCUGAAUCUCUGCGAGCAGCCCCUCCGGCCAGCGAUGACAACGUCUGGUGACCUUUCAAGGCACCCUGGAAUGGAGGAACGAGAGAAUGUGCCACCGUCAACACCACGGGCGACAGAGCUGUAUUGGGAUUCGACUCCUCCUGGAUUGCACUGUGAAGCGUGUGAAUCGCCUUCUCCUCCAGGUCGCAACCCAAUCAGACUCGACACAUUAUUGCUGCAGACGCCCCCUGGAAAGCCAUCUGCGGAUUUGUAUAGUGUGCAGGAUGGCCACCUGGAUUCCUCACCUUGGCCGUUCCCUUCUCCCACGAGCUUUCCGCAAACACCAGUGAGGCCAGCACCCGGUCUUGGACAUGUCAGCAAUAUGCAAACUCCAGCAAAGCUGCCUAUGAGUCGCGCUCCCACUCAAACAUGCCAAAAGGAACAAAAGGAAUUUGAAUGUCAGCGUGAAGGAGAACCGAAAGGCAAAAGGAAUGAAAGUCAUGAAGGCAAGAUGGGCCUAGAAAGGAUGGAACUCUUCAGGCACAUCCAGCAAGAGAAAGAUGAAACUGGCAAUGACAACAAGUCAUCUACGGGAGAGGACGCCAUUGCGUCAGCAGCGGGUGAAGGUGCCAGCUACGAGAGCAACUUCCGCAACGAUGGUUACUAUGACCAGCGUUGGGCAGACAAAUGGGACAAAUGGGGCAAACGCUCCAACUGGGAUGAAAGAUACCCUGAAAGACAGCUUGCCAGCUGUGAUGGCAGCGCUGCGAUGGUCAGAGGAAAGGGAGCAAAGGGAGCAAAGGGAGGAAAGGGAGGACAUGGAAAGGGAUAUUUCGGAAAGGGAAAGGGAGAAAAGGGAAAGGGAAAGGCAGGAAAGGGAGCCAGAUUGCCAUUGACUGACUUGGUGCCGGAGCCAGACCCAGAGCAGAGGCUUCUAAUGAUGACAAAUGGCAUUGCGUACUACCAGAAUAUCUUGCAGAAGCUUCAGGUUGAUGCUAUGAAGACGUACCACGAGAUGAACGAGAAGCAACCGCUGGGCACCACGGGGCAGUCAGAUGUGUCAAUGAUGACGGCCUCGCAGACUAUGCAGAUGGCGCAGGAAGCUCCCAACUUGAAGGACAACAAGUUCACUGAAACAGAAGCUGGUAAUUGGAUUUUGCAAUUCACAGUACGAAAGGCCACUCCAGCCACAGAGUUGGGGAUGCAGGUCUCCCACCAUCAUGGCCAGCCACCACUCAAGGUGCAAAAAGUUUACAUGGACGGCGUCAUCCCCUCGUGGAACAAGCUGUGCCUGGGGGACUAUGAGAAUCGCGCAGUGCGCCAAGGUGACCAGAUCCUUGCAGUGAACGAGGUGACAGAUGUGCGUGGCAUAUUGGAAGAGAUGAAGAAUCAGAACAUGUUGAGAUUCAAGAUUCUUCGUCCUCGGUCUGAUUGGAAGUUGAGGACUGAUGCAAGGCCGAUCUGA